ACGAAAAAGCGGAAAAAAGGACCAACCCGAGCGAAAAUUAUCACUUCACCGUUAAACGUGCCACUUCCCGCCUAACCGUACCACCGCGGACCAAACCAUGGAGGACGACUUCCACGUGGACGAGGACUACAUCAGGCAGCUGUCGGAGAAGUACAAAAACGCCGAGCACCCCCUCUUCAUGGACGAGCUGCCGGCCAACAUCGAAGAAAAUGAAGACCUGCAUGCGCUCUACAAUUUAAUGAUCGACGAUGAAGACGAACUGAGUUUGGCCAAAAAUUUUAAACAAGUCGGAAACGACUACUACAAGGAUGGAGCCAAAUAUUUUGAGGAUGCCAUAAUCAGCUACACCAAGGGCAUAGAUAUACUGACGAAGUAUUGGGAGGAUAAAAAUUUGGAGAAGCGCAAGGCAGAGAGGGGUAAACUGACAAGUGACAGCAGCAGUUACCCCCCCGAGAGGACCAAAGGUAAUGAGCAAAAUAUGGGCUCCAAACGGAUUAGCAACGGGAUGGGUGCCACAAAUGGGGAGACCACCGCGGGGGAGGAGGAGGCAGCCAAAUCUGAAGUUAAGGAAGACUCUUCUGAUGGGAAGGGCGCACAGAUAAGCCUACCAAAUGGGUUGCAAAGUGGAGAUAACCACCGUGAUGACGAAAUAAGGGGCGUCCUGGCCGACCUGCACUGCAACCGCGCAAUCGUCCACUACAAAAAGAAGCGCUACGUGGAGUGCCUGUGCGACUGCCGAAAGGCCUACGCCUUCAACCAGACAAAAUUCAAGAGCGUAUACUACAGCAUCCUGUGCUGUUACCACUUGGAACUAUAUAAAGAUGCCCACAUGUAUGUUAACCGAUUUGAAGACAUGACCAAAUCGAUUGAUCUGAAAAACCAUAUCAAUUUGAAUGAGUACGAAAAGAUGAAGGAAAUCAUUUUUAAAAAAUACGACGACAUUUUAAAAAAAAAAAAAAUAGAUCAAAAUGAAAAAAGAAAAGCGGAGGAAAACGAAAAAAACGUUGCCAAUCUUGUCCAAGACAUUUUACAUAAAAGGAACAUACAAAUGGUUGAAAAUGUAUACCAGCAAGCGAGUAGUGUCCCCCCUGUGCUCUACGUAGAUACCUCCAUGUACAUUCACCUUACCGUUUUCUUGCUAUAUUUCGAAUGGGGAGUCAUCGAAACGAUCGUCGACUUUGCGGAGAAUCAGUCCAUCAUGGACCACUACGAUAUUGUAAAGAAGAACAAAAAGAAUCAUCUCCUUUUUUGCUAUAUUGAAUUCCCCGAUGAUGUUUUUUUCAUGUUUCACAGCAACUCCUACAUUUGUGACGUGCUCAACAAGGCCAAAUUGUUCUCCCCCAUUCUGUCCGUACACAUCAUCGAGAAUGAGGAGGCCAACCGACAAUUCAGGAAUGGAAAAACGGUUAAGUCCAUUCCGCUGUGA